GGAUUUUGGAUUCGUUUUGAUAUAUCGGACGCAUGCCUUUAAUUGAGUUUACAUUGCAUAGAAAAGAUUUCUUGCUCGGUGCAUAGAAAGCACAUAGAAAGUAAUCAAUCACUCCGUUUUAUUACAUUGUCAAAUUAUUUAAUAAAUUAGAAAAAAAAUAGAUUAUUUGUUUGCGCUGCUACCCAUCACCACCUCUAACUUAAAAUUUUAUUAUUCUAAAACAAUGAGAAUAAUUACUUUUGUGCGAAGGAGGUUGUCUUCAUUUCCUACAAAUGAGACGUAUAUGGAAGAAAUGCAGAAAAAUUUCAUAGCUACAACGCCUUUUCAAAAAACAUUAUUAUCAUGGGGAUCAGCAGCUAUAUCCCUAUUGAAUCCACACCGAGGCGAUAUGAUUGCAUGUUUAGGGGAAAUUACUGGAGAGAAUUCUGUCAAACAUAUGAGAGCCAAAAUGCUAGAAACACCUGAAGGAUCAGAAAUAUUGAAGGAAAUGCCUCGAAUUAAUUCAAAAACUGUUUCUUUUGAAAAAUUAAUAGAAUUGCCUGAAAACACCAUAGGUCGUGUUUAUGCAGAAUUUAUGAAGGAUAACAACAUUACUGCAGAUUCAAGACUACCAGUUCAGUUUAUAGCUGAUCCAGAAUUGGCAUAUGUGAUGCAAAGAUAUAGAGAAGUUCAUGAUUUAGUUCAUGCUACCCUUUUUAUGAAAACAACUAUGUUGGGUGAAGUUACAAUUAAAUGGGUAGAAGGCAUUCAAACAAAAUUGCCAAUGUGUAUCAAUGGAGGUAUUUGGGGAGCAGGACGCCUAAAACCGAAGCACAGACAACUGUACCUUAAAUAUUACUUACCUUGGGCUGUUAAAACUGGGUCUAAUGCAAAGUUCAUGCAAGGUAUUUAUUUUGAAAAGAGGUGGGACCAAGAUAUAGAUGAAUUUCAUAAAGAAAUGAAUAUUGUGAGAUUCUUGAAAAAAUGAAUGCAGUGCUUUUUGUACAUAAAUGAGGUAUCCACCUGAGUUUGUAAAUAGUAGGGUUCAAGUUUUUAUUAAAAUAGUCAUUGAAGGUUAUUCUCUGUUUAAUAUUUGCCUAAUGCCAUAUCUCUACUGGUAGGGUUUGGGAAAUCCUAUGGAAAUGCAUCACAAGUGUCUUACAAUUAUGUAUAUAUAACUAUGUGUGUGUGGGAAGCGUGCGCAGCUCUUACCGAUGAACAUGAAAGCUGAAGGGUAAAUCAACAAGGCUGAAACGCUAUGAGCAUCGCACGCGACAAUAUACAUAUACACUUCCGGACACAUCUAUCGGCCCACUUCAUGUUAUAAGUGUUAACAAUCUGUUGCAAAAACAAAGAUUAUAAUUGGGUAAUUUAUUGAUUUAGGCUUAUGUGGAACUGAAAAUUUAAGAAUAACCUUGAAAAUGUAAAUUUAAUGAUUGAAUUGAAUGAUUCUAUGAACAUGAACAAUUUCAGCUAUCAGCAAUAAAGCUUAAAAUUUAUGUUUAUCAUACGGAGCAGUCAUGUAAUUCUUAAUUAUAGGGUGUUGAAUUAAUUUAUAGCUUGUUUUUGAUUAUUGUGCCCAGCUGUCUGCUCCUCUAUUUUUGUUGCUUUUCUCGCAUUAAUUCAGCAUCCCUAUGCUUUCUCUCUUGUAGAGACAAAAUAUAAUUAACUUGGUUGAGUAAUAAUAAUGUUUUUUAAAACACAUGGAAAAGGUGGUUAGUUAAUCAACUUCAAAACUGGGUAAAACUUUUUCUCAGUGUUACAUUUCUUUUUAAUUAGAGACCGUCAAAAUCGUAGUGCCUGUGAGUAUAUAUGAGUUAUGCAUCAUCAUCAACAGCCUAUCCUAGUCCACUGCUGGACAUAGGCCUCUCCAAUUGCCACUCAGAUCGAUUUUGGGCUACUCGCAUCCAGCUCUGCCAGCCACCUUGCACAAAUCGUCACUCCACCGUGCCUGAGGACGUCCUACACUACGUUUGCCUAGACGCGGUCUCCACUCCAGAACUCGUCUACCCCAACGGUUAUCGGUUCUUCGGCAAAUAUGGCCAGCCCACUGCCACUUCAGCUUACUAAUCCGGUGGGCUAUGUCGAUAACUCUGGUUCUCUGUCGGAUUACCUCAUUUCUGAUGCGAUCCUUCAGAGAAACGCCGAGCAUAGCCCUUUCCAUAGCGCGCUGAGCGACUUUGUACCUGUGGACCAGCCGUACCAUCAGUGUCCACGUCUCGGCUCCGUAUGUCAUCACAGGUAGGACGCACUGAUUGAAGACUUUCGUCUUUAGGCACUGUGGGAUCGACGAUGUCAAGACUUGACGUAGCUUCCCAAACGCUGCCCAACCCAGCCGAAUUCUUCUAUUCACCUCGUCCUCAAAGUUGUUUCUACCUAACUGCAAUGUCUGCCCGAGGUAUACAUAUUUUUAAACAACUUCGAGAACGGCACCGUGUAUUGCAAUCAGUUCCGGUAGAACAUGUUCAUUGAACAUGACCUUGGUUUUAUCCAAGUUCAUCCGUAGGCCGAUGCGUAUAGAAGAGUCAGCUAGGUCAUUCAGCAUUUUUUGUAGGUCCCGCAGGGUUUCUGCCAUGAUGACGAUGUCGUCUGCAAAUCGCAAGUGAGAGAUGCGUUCGCCAUUGAUGUUGAUGCCAUGUCCUUUCCAGUUCAGCGUCUUGAACAUAUCCUCCAUUGCAUUAGUGAACAAUUUCGGGGAAAUAACGUCCCCUUGUCUCACUCCACGAUGCAACGGUAUGGGACUUGUUUGCUGAUUCUGUACUUGGACAGACAUGGUGGCGGCUUCGUAGAGACAUCUAAUCACUUGGAUGUAUCGCCAGUCGACUUGGCAACGCUGCAGGGACUCCAGGACAGACCAGAUUUCAAUCGAGUCAAAGGCCUUCUCAUAGUCCACAAAUGCUAGGCACAGAGGCUGAUUGUACUCUUCAGUCUUCUGUAUAAUCUGCCGUACUGCGUGGAUGUGGUCUAUGGUGCCGUAUCCGCUCCGAAACCCAGCCUGUUCCGGUGGUUGGAAGUCAUCAAGUCUUCGCGCAAGACGGUUCGUGAUCACUCUUGAGAACAGCUUAUAGACGUGGCUUAGAAGGGAUAUGGGUCGAUAGUUCUUGAGAAGGGUCUUGUCCCCCUUUUUAAAGAACAAGACGACCACACUCCUACUCCACAUCUCCGGAGUUCUCCCUUCGAACAGGGCAGUGUUAAAAAGCUUUUGGAGCUCCCUCAGUACGGGUUUACCUCCAGCUUUCAAGAGUUCUGUUGUAACACCAUUCUCUCCAGGGGCUUUUCCAUUUUUAAGCUGCCCAAGAGCAAUCUCGAUUUCGCCAAUACUGACUUUUGGCAGGUCUUCGGUGAAGUGACGCGUUAAUGUGGCUCUAGAAUCCUCAUUUCCGGGAUCUGGUCGAGAUGCAUGUGAUGCGUACAACUGGCCGUAGAAGUCUUCCACUUCCGAAAGGACUGCCGGCUUUGAAGCAACAACUUCCCCACUUGGUGUGGUCAACUUUGUCAGAUGACUUCUUCCAAGAGAUUGUACGAACACUUUGGACCCUCGAUUCUGCUCGAUUGCUCUCUCGAUCGAGAGAGUAUUGGAGCACCGGAGGUCAUGUCGUAUGUGCUUACUGAUCUCUUGGUUUAGAGUCCGCUUUGCUGACGAAGUGACGGGUGGAUUUUCACGUCGUUCCUUCAUUAGCCCUAAAGUCUCUUCGGAAAGCAUUGACUUCCUACCCUUACGCUGCGUUGCACAUAAUCUCGCACCCUCUUCCCUGAGGAUCCCGAACCACAUUUUCGAGGUUUUGGUUUACGUCUGAUGUGGUUUCCACGGCAGCAAAUCGGUUCUCCAGAUUUGACUGGAACGUUUCAGAUCCUGUUAUAGAUUGGAGCAAAGUAGGUCGGAGCCUGGAUUUCAUCAAACGGACGCGCUCGGCCUUAAAGUUGAUAUUCAGAGAACCCCGGACGAGUCGGUGAUCACUACCUGUAUUGAACCUGUUGAUCACGGAGACGUCUCUGAAUAUAUACCUCUUGUCCCCUGCCCCGCCGUCACUGUGGUCGCCACCGUGACCAGGAAUAGCGGAGCUGCCGGGAACUGGGGGCCGUGGCUUGUGGUCUGUUUGCAUUGAAGGUUUUGCCCGUAAUCGCCACGCUGGGCAGGCGGGUUGGCGAUCGCAGAACGUAGGUUAAUUCACUGAUGACGCUGCUGCCCGUCACCAGUGAGAUUUCCCUCCCCUACGUCGUUGGAUGGUUGGUUAUACCGCCAUCGGUCGGUUUGCCAGAGCCUCGUCUGUUGGUCAACAGGGUGCACCGCGUGAAGGUGAGGUUGGCUUGGGUUCUUGCAGGUGUAUUUAGAACUCCUUACACCCCCAUAUUAUGUUAUGCAUGGGUUGCCUCAUUCUCCUAUACCUUAUGCACGGGCUAUUGUAAGGUUUUUUAAGAAAAGAGGUUUCACUUCAGGUGCAUUGGUCUGUGCACAAAAUUUAUUUCCUUUGGGUUAAGUAAGUUAAAGAUCACCUAAUGUAAAAACAUCAAAGACCCCUUAUGAGAAUUUAUUAGAACAAAUAUUUUUGCCAUGUAUAAGUACUUAGGAGAUAAAUUAAUAACUUUACUUAUUAUUUGAUGGAAUAUUAUUCGAGUUAGUGAAUAAUAUUAUUGUAGAGUAAACUAUCUAUAAUAUUUUUAUGUUCCAAGCUGCAAUACGGUUAAAUAAAACUAUUUCAGGUUCCUUAAUGAUAGUUUAAUAAAAUCAAAAUCAUAAUAACAUUUCUGAACUACGUCCAUUACAAUUGUGCAGAGGAGUGAUGCGAUUUCCGAUUUCAACGAUCCACUCAUACCACACUCUUCGUGUGUCUACACACCUCCAAAAAGUGGCAGUUAUUUUUUCCCCUUUUUGUACACGUAAAGGCGUCUGAAAACAAAUUUUAUGAGAAUUAUAAUCAUGCUCUUAUCCAUGGAUUAAAAAUAUAGGUCCAUGCUGUUGCAAUGCAAAAUUGAACAUAAACAACAAAUCUCUUAAGAAUAUUAAUUUCAGAUAGAGAUGGGCCGAUUAGUAGAGAAAAGACCGUCUAUUCGGCAUCACUUAUAGCCUGCGACUAUUCGGCAUAUUUUAAUAGAGCUACUCAAAACAUAACUUUAUUUUCUACACAAAAAUAUACACAUUUCAUUGUUUGAAUUAUGCAAUGUAUUCUGAAUUAAAACAAUGAAAUGUGUAUCUUUUCCUGUAUUAAAUAAAGCUGUUUGAGUCGCUCUAUUAAAAUGUGCACGCAGCGUCGCGUCGGUGUGAGCUGACCUAUGAUGUUUUAUAGUCUGAUGUAUAUGAUUUUAUAUAAUAUAAACGUCAUCGGAGCUGGCGCAAAUACUUAUUUUAUUAAUAGGGAAGAUGCAAUAUUUUUAUUUUUGUUUUCAUUUCAAAGAAUUCCAUGUAGAAUAAACCACAGAUAUAUUAAAAAAUUAAAACAUUGUGAUUUAUCGGAAAACUUGCGGUUUUAAAUUGACAAUUUAAAUUUUCGCGCGAAAACGAACCUAUGGUUGCGAUGACGUCACUCCUGUCUGUCACUGGUCGUAAUUGUUCGUUGCUGGCUUUAAAUUUUCAUACUUUUGCAUAUUUUUGCGACUUUAGAAAUAUUUUUUUGAAAAAUUUAAAAUGGACUAUCCAUCAACAUCAUGUGAUCAUAACAAUACCACUAAUAUUCCGAAAAAAAGCCGUGUUGACUCAUGUUUUGUGCCAAUCUACUUCAACAAAGUUCCCAAAUAAAUUGUUUUUGACUGGAACUUCUGACCCAAAACUGAAAGAAAAGUGAUUUCAAGCUGCGAAGAGAAAUGACAAUUAUUCUCCAAAGACCAUUAUUCGAUGCUGAGAAGAUCACUUUGACGUAAGUUGGCGAAUAUACUUGUUAUAUGCUUAAUGAAUCUGCUUGUACGUAAAAACGCAUUAGUAACCUACCUAAUACUUACAAAACUGUCUAUAACAUAUUUUUAAUUUUACAGUUGGAGAAUGACGUCAAAAAUUAGAUAAAGUUUAAAAUGUGUGGCACAAUCUUCUCAUUGGCAGGACUGAACCAAGCUUUGCGUUUCAUUUAAAAUAACUGUAACACGAUAAUUCUUUACAUAGUUUAUGCUCCGGAGAACUCGACCUUUUACUGUACAUAAUUUUCCAUUUUAAUUUGGACAUAGCCGAUUGCAUUAUCGCCGUAAGAUUUGUAGAAGCCGCUGAAUAAAAUACGAAUAAACUACAUACCGUACCGAUUUUUACAUACCUUAGUAAUAUAGUCCCUUUCAUUUCUACACUUAAAAACUCUGCACUUUCGACAAAAAAAGUUAUAACCAUGUCAACGCUAACUCUUGGUAAAUUCCUGGAGUCUGCUUUGAUAAACGCAACUUCCAUUUUUAUUAAAUGUAAAAAAACGCAAUAAAUGUUCCCAUAAAAUAAUAUUUACUUUAACAACCAUAACCUCAAAGAAGUUGUCAUAACAGGAGUGACGUCACUAAACGCUGAUUGGUGUUUUAAAAUACGUUCCGUUUCAAGUAUUUUUAAUUCGUAAUAAUUGUUAAAAAACAACAUUAUGUAAAAUAAAAACGUUGCAGUGGCAUUUCUUUUAUAUUUUUUUAACAUUUUAAUCAUAAAAAUUUCAUAAAUAUUAUAUAUGCAUCUUCCCUAUUCUAAACAAUACCUAGAGUAUGUAUCUAAAGUUUAAACAUUUCACGGGUUAAAACCAAAGACAUUUAAUACACUAGUUCAAUGUUUUAUUUGAGUUUUGGAGCAUUUCGCUGGCAGGCAGUUAUAUGGACUUUUAGCCAACAUUGCCCACUACGAUUUCUGACGACAGUAUAGUCUCUACGUUAAAACCGUUGGAAGAGUUAAAGAAAAGAUGGCGUUUACUUUAGCAACGUUUAAAGUGAUAAACAGGUAAGUUUUCCAAUAAAAUGACUGGGCCCCUAUCAUUUUUCUCUUUUCCAUACAAUCUACAUUUUUUUUAUGGCAGGACACGGACAAUCUGCAUUUAGUAAGAUGUAAGUACUAGCGAGUGUUAAAGAAGUAUAUGAGCAAGCAGAGUAGUGACGAAAUAUUAACCGGCUACGACCUGCGCAGACGAAGUCGCGGGCUGAAGCUCUAAUAUAUUUUUUAACUCUAAUUCUGUCAUAUACAAGAUUUGCUCAAUUUAAAACUAUCUACACAAGUUUAGUCAUUAAGAUAUUUAUAUUAAAACUCACCUUUAUAGGAAUAAAAACAGGAAACCAUGAAAUCAUCCCUGGGCUAUGUGUUGAAGGCACUAUACUGAUCAUUUCAUCUCCAUACAAUUUACAAUCAAAGUAGCCACCAAAACCAUGCAUCACAUUAUCUUGUUCAACAAUCCACGAGAGUGUGGUUGACCUACGGUUAUCUGUCAACGGCAAACCUCUAUAGUCUGAGAUUUCUUGUCCCUCGUGAUCUUUGUGACCGCGUGCCGGAUGUUCAAAACUAAACACCAACUAAAAAAAGGAUUAUUUCUAAACAACUAUAAAUAAUAAUAAAUAUUUUCAACACUCACACCAAUUAGCCUAGCUCCAAAGUAAGCACUGUAAGGCUUGUGUUAUGGGAUACUAGGGUAACGGAUAGAAUACAUAUACAGUACAUAUAUAAGUAUAUUUAUAUAUAAGUACAUAUUAAACAUCCAUGACUGGAGUACAAAUGCUCGUAUUCAUCACACAAACAUCUGCCCCCACCGGGAUUCGAACCCGGGACCAAGGGCGUACCCAUGAUUUCAGCUAGGAGGGGGCAGCUCAUACCUGUUUCGAGAAGAUGGUCGGUCGGGUAUAUUGAAACAAAAAAUCAUGAAAAUUGACUUUUAUUAAUUAGUUUGAUUAUGACACAAAACAAAAUAUUAAAUAUAUAUAAUAAUCAUAAUACACAUAUAUUAAUUUAAAAGUAAUCUUCUCGGAUUUGCCGCCGAAAAUUUGUCUAAGACAGUCUUUUGAAUAAACUCACUGUUUUCUUUUAAAUAAUUGCGAUGUACGCUCAUCAGACAUAAACCCGUAAGCCUUUCUUCACCCAUGGUGCUUCUAAGCCACAUUUUAACUCUUCGAAGCGUACUGAAGGACCGUUCUACGGUCGCCGUGGUGCAUGGGAUAGUGCUUAAAAUAAUGCCUUUCUGACAGCAGGGUAAAAAAUAUUAGCUUCGUCGAACAGAACAACUACUUCUAUAUCCCUUAAUUGAUCAUCUGAUAAAGCAUUCUUCAUCCAUAAAUUAUGCCAAAGGUUCAGUUCUCCAGUGAUAUCCAGGUUAUAAAAUUCUUGGAAUGAUUCUGCGUUCUUGUGUAAAUCUGUAAUGCUGGUUUUGGUCAUAUACAAGGGAUGUAGCUUACUUAAAGCAAACGCCGGAGUAUUUUCUUGGGAGAAUCGAAUAUUCAACGAUGAAAUGAGUGAAUCAAUGUAUGGUAUUAUCAGAGAACGCCGCCAAUAUUCGUUAUCAUUGUCAGAUGGCGGAUUACUUCUAUGUGAUGCUUAUGAGCAAGACGUGGAACCGAAAUUUCUAUGUUCAAAUCCAUUGCAACAGCUCGCGCUUUUUGAAGCAUUUUAUUACUUAUUUUAUCAGGAAACUCGCGGUCAUUUCUGAGAAUGUCCUUGAUAUUUUUGAUGUGUUCCCCCACCGAGAUCAUGUCGAUCGAUUUAGCUUGCAGUGCGUUAACUACUGGUUCUGAAACUGCUGAAUAUUGGGCUAUUGUUUGUAGAGCUACAAUAAACACUGGUUUUGUAACGGCUGAAUGCAACUGAUAUGCAGAUUUUCUGGUGGCAUAAUUUCCCUCUACGGAUAACGUUUCUAGAGAUUUCACAAGCUCUGGAAAAUGUUGAGAAAACUUUCUGAUUGAUUUAUAUUUUUCGGACCAUCUCGUCUCACACAAUCGUGAUAGGUUUGGAGCGUAGUUUCGACGAGUAGUCGAUUUUCUGAAAAACGUUAUAACAUCCUUAACAGUGGCGACAGUAUUUCUAAUUUCUGGCACUGCGUUCGCAUCAUUCACAACAAGGUUGAGUUUGUGACUUGAGCAAUGAAAAUAUAAAGCACGAGGAUAUUUUUUUCUCAAAAUGGCUUGUACGCCACCCUCUUUCCCUGCCAUUGUAGAACAGCCAUCGAAUCCAAACCCUACGCAAUCUUCUGUUGGGAGGUUAGAACUAAUCAAGAAAUUGUCAAUUGCUUCGGCAAUUGCUGAAGCAUUUUGUGCUUUUAGUUCAACGAAUCCUACAAAUUCUUCUCUGAUUUCCCUUUUGCUUUCGUCGUAGAACCGCACGCCUAUUGAUAGCUGUUCUUUUCCAGCUACGUCUUCUGUUUCAUCAGCUAAGACUGCGUAAGCCAUGGUCUUCUGAACCUCACUUAUUAUAUUCUCCUUAAUAACUUCGUCACAUAAAUUAAUCAAUUCGUUUUGUAUUUUUGGCGAUGUGUAAUCUGCAUUGCGACGGCACUUUUCCAGGUGACUCUUUAAUUUGUCGUCCCCUGAAUUGAUUCUCAACUUUAAUAAAUCUAAUAAAACGCCCUCAUCUGCUUGUUUUCCCCUAAGAGGCAUAUCAUGUGUACCGCAAAAUACUACACAAGAAAUAAUUGAUGACAAUAUUUGUCUGUUUUCAUCGAUUGCUUUUUGGUGUCCACUUUGCAGUUGGAUGUCUACAGGAACAUUUUCAAGAAAUUUUUUUGCAGCAUUUGUCGCUGUUAGGUGAAGGUUGGUCGUUGCAUGCUUUCGGCAGUCUUCAUGCAUAUUUUUGAACUUUAUAUAUGGCCUGACCAUAAAUGAUCCCAAAAUUCCUCUCACAGUGCUGAUGGGCGGAGGGAACAAAACACAAUGCUUACAAAGAGCGCCUUUUAGUCGCUUGGAAUAUACUAGCCAUGGUGCAUAUUGAUCCAACCAAGCAUUAUUAAAUUUCCUUUUCAAAUGGCUUGCAUCACUUUCAAAAUCAUAAUUUCUGGGCGGGAUCCAAGGAUGUUGUAACAACUCCCUUUUCUUUUCCGUCGAUAGCUGAGUAGCCAACCCAACAUAACGACCCAGAUCAUUUUCAUGAUAGCCAUCGUCCACUAUAAUUUCAGGAUCGACGUUGACGUCAUAAGUUUGCUGGGAUGUCGAUGGAGAAGAAUAAUCGGCAACAGAUAUAUUUACAGGUUCUGCUGGAGAAUGUGACGCUUGUCCAAUGUUAGCAUGCAAUGAUCUUGGCAUUACAUGGGUUUUAUCAUGGUUGUCAUUUUCAUCGCUUCCUCCACUGCUACUAUCCCGACCUUUUUUUUUUCUUUUUUCCCGUGUUGUCCCUAAAAAAAGGAUACACAAACAUAAUUACUCUUACGGUGUUUAGGCAUAGAACGAAAAAAAAAAUUAUGUGCCACGUUUUUAAAGCGGACUAAACAGUAUAAAAUAAUAUUUUCUAAUGCCGUAUAAAUUGAUCUAAGCAUUUUAAAUUAUAAUUAAGCAUAAAAAGUAGCAGUCAAUGAGAAAGCUCUUCUAACAUGAGAUUUCUCAACGACCGGUACUUUUUAUCACUACCUAUCUUAUUUUUUUUUCUUGCACACGUUACCCACGUUUUUCGUUAUACUUUUUAGUCCAUUUUAAAAACGUGGUAAGUAUAUUAAAAAAAAAACAGCUUUUUAGUCAUAAAAAAUGUGUAUUUUUUUUAAACUUUUAAACAAACAAGCAAACAAACAGACAGACAAGAAAACAAUCUAAUAUUGUAUUGUCAUCCACUUCUGGCCUACAGUCAAAAUUUCAAGUCUCUAGCUCAUCUGGAGAUCGGGAAGUUAGUUUAAAAUCAAUUGCCAGAUUUGUACCGAACAGACAAACAGACAAGAAACGGACCUAAUAAAAACGUGGUAAUAAAUAAAGAUUAAGAUACCUAUAAAAACAUCACAUUCAAAUAUCAAUUACUUCCUAUACACUUACAAGAGAGCCCCCCUUAAACAAAUCAAAUAAUCAUAUUACCAUAUUAGGUACAUACAUAUGUGUUUUGUUUUGACUCACCUUUUUCAAAGAAAUUCCUGAUAUCCAUUUGAUGGAGUAAAUCUUUCCGUGUCGCCGCAACUAAACUAUAAGACACUAUUAUGGCGCAUUUAAUAUUCGCUCGUAUUAAACUCCGAACUAAAUUGAAUUGUAUUCGAAAUUUCGAACUGAAUUACCUUGCUCUGCCUCACGAUCGCGCUUAUAUAUUCAAAUAUUCUCGCUCCCGAAAUACGUAGAAAAUACUCGACUCUGUUGCCAUCCUUGUCUCAUACUUGCUACCACUGUCUUUACUUUCCAGAAUAGUCCAUGCUAGAACGUUCUUCUUUACUGGAAAAAGCACUGUCGAGUGUCGUCGUCCGUAACUAGAUAGCGCUAGCGCUAGACGUUUUCUCCAAAUUAUAUUCGGCUUUAAUCCUAGAUGGCUCUGAUUAUCUCGUCGGGAGCGGAAACUACGAGAUACGACGGUUUCGCGGGAGAUAUAAAUUAUAUUGCGUCGCUAUUAUAUCGAAUGUUGUAGAAUAUUUAAUUAUAGAUAAAAAAAAAUCAAAAUAUCUGACUGAAAAGAUGUUUUGUUUCCAACACUUCAUUUUGCGCAGAGUAGGUAACGUUUUUAAUUCCCACUUGCCAGGAAAAUUGACGUUUAUUUUAUCUUCUAGGGGGGGGCAGCCGCCCCCCCUGCCCCUACCUGGGUACGCCCAUGCCCGGGACCUCUCGAGUCGGUGACACCAUGAAACCGGCGUACAAACCACUCGACCACGGAGGUCGUCAAACGUCCACUAUCAACUUAACAAUGAGUUAUUAGGACGAUGAUUUCAGCAUGAAGAUAUUUAUGAAACAAAGAUAAUAAAAAUAAUUAUUUUCGUGGCUUAUAUUACGCGACAUUGCUGUGUUUCCGUUUAUGCAACACAUCGGACACUACCUUUUUUUCUAAUAUUUCCUAUUAUACCUAAUUUUUCUAAUAUACCUAACUUCCACACUAACCAAAAUUACUUAAAAAAAAAAACGAGCGAGCCUUAGGGUACGGCCACAGUGCAUGCAGGUUCAGAAUCAGACUCAGAAAACAAGCGCGAGAAAUAAACA